AUCUCAUUCACUGUUUACAAGGCUUCUCACCAUCAUCUAGGAAGCAAGCAAACAAACAAACAACUAUGUCAGGAGGAGGAUGCGGUCUAACCUACGCCACUAUCAUCAUCAUCAUCAUCAUACUAACAUGCACCUUUAACACCGUUAACUCAAACCCUGACGACCAUUUCAUCGUUCAAGUUACCGACCAUCCAAACAGCCACCUUCUGGGAAGUCCAACAGAGCACCGGUUCACGGCGUUUAUUAAAGAGCACGGAAAACAAUAUUCUAGUAGAGAGGAGUACAUGCACAGGCUGGGUGUGUUUUACAAGAAUAUUGUUAGAGCAGGUGAGCACCAGUUGCUGGAUCCUACGGCGGUUCAUGGUGUUACGGUGUUUUCGGAUUUGUCCAAGGAAGAGUUUGAGAGGAUGUAUCUGGGUGUGAAUGGUGGUGGUGGUGGUGGUGGGGUUGAGUUGAGUAACGGUGGCGUAGGGACUGCACCGCGGUUGAAAGUUGAGGGUUUGCCGGAGAAUUUUGAUUGGAGGGAGAAAGGAGCUGUUACUGAGGUUAAGACGCAGGGUGCGUGUGGAGCAUGCUGGGCAUUCAGUACCACCGGGGUUCUCGAAGGUGCAAAUUUUAUCGCAACAGGGAAGCUCCGCAACUUGAGCGAGCAACAGCUCGUUGACUGUGAUCACACGUGUGAUCCAUCAGAAAAGGAUGCUUGUGACAAAGGGUGCUCCGGUGGACUUAUGACGAAUGCUUACAGUUACCUAAUGAAAGCCGGAGGCAUCCAAUCAGAAGAAUCCUAUCCGUACACUGGAAAAUCCGGUGAAUGCAGAUUCGACUCCCAGAAGAUAGCCGUGAAGGUCGCCAACUUCACCAACAUCCCUGCAGACGAGGAUCAAAUGGCUGCUUAUUUGGUCAACCAUGGCCCUCUUGCUGUCGGAUUGAACUCGGUGUUCAUGCAAACCUACAUUGGAGGGGUGUCAUGUCCGUUGAUUUGUUCCAAGAAACUAGUAAACCAUGGUGUGUUGAUUGUGGGGUAUGGUGCGAAAGGGUAUUCAAUUCUAAGGUUUGGUAAUAAGCCUUAUUGGAUCAUCAAGAAUUCAUGGGGAAAACGUUGGGGAGAACAUGGGUACUACAAGCUUUGUAGAGGGUCAGGCAUGUGCGGCAUGAACACCAUGGUUUCUGGUGUGGUAACUCAGUCAUAAAUAGUAUAAUGUUGCAGGUAGGUGUUAGCUUGGUAGUUGAUGCUUGUGUUGCUUAAAGUUUGACAUUUCAUAGGCGGUGGUAAUAUAUAGGCGUACGUCCCUUUUAGUUA